AGAGAAUAGAAGCAGUGCUACCUGCCUCUAUCGAAGGGAAACCGACGUUCCAUGAUAUCCCCGAAAUAUCCCUAGAAACAUAACUGCAGAAAUGUUAGUUACGAAAACAGAUAAAAGGACCAACGCAUUUCCAUAGUGUACUCCCACCAAUCUGUCCGAGUUGCCUCAUGCCCUCUCUAUUCAACCACAGCAUUCACAAUGUCCAACGACUCCAACCACACAAUGGAGUGUGAAAAGCCAGAUGAAUGCAACCAACCCACCGAGCCCAACACACCCAUCGAGCUCAACAAAAUCAUCCAGUCCAUCGAGCCCAUCUGGCCAAUCAUACCCCUCAAUCUCAAACGAUACUUCCCACGCAGCAAAAACGAGAGCUACGAAUUCGAACCCUUCGAAGCCAGCCCAAACCCCGAAAAAGAGAGCGACAGCAAUGGCGAAAAGCUCUUUCAAGCGCAGAAGCUCUACUUCCGGGACCACACCAACCGGAAAACGCGAUACCUCUGUCUAAUCAUCGUAUACGGCCAUUCCUCCCACGAGGAAGCAUGCAAAGAGGCCUUGCGAAUAUCCUGGCAUCGCAACAGGAGUAAGAUGUCCUCGAAGGUGAUCAUGGGACUUAUCAUCGAUGAAGAGAAACAGGCGUGGUUCCGAGGGAGUCAUACUGACGAGGGGUAUAUCAAGAAGAUGGGCAGAAACUGGGUCGCGAAUAAUGAGUGUAUGCUGAAAAGGUACUUUCGUACUUUUCGGCGCGGGUUGAGGAGACAUGCUCCUAGUCCCGGGUAUGAUCCUGGGUUUGAGUCUGGGUCUGAAAGUGAGUUAGAUUUUGUUGAGCAGGACUUUUUGGCGGAUGGAGAUGUGGAUGAGUCUUCCGUUUCGGAUGCCGUCAGUUCUGAUUGCGAUGGGGAUGGUGCUGUUCGUCCGGGUUCUUCUGGGUCUGAUCAUGAUGAUUCACUGUCUGACGAGACUGAUAGUGAUGAUGAGACUUAUGUCCCUGAUCUGGCUGAGGAUGAUUCGAGUAGUUCGUCAUCUUGACUGCUCAGACCGGGACUGUCCCUAGUUCGUUUGGGUUCGUGAAUCAACCUCUCGCUCAGAGUGAUAGUGACGAUGACGAUGACUCAAAUCAGCCUGAUGUUGAUCCUGGUUUGUUUGACUAUGAAGUAUUUUUGUUUUGAGUGCUUUAAUGGAAUUCUGCUUGAUUGUCGAUUUAUUGUGACGAUUCUAACUGCUCGUGCAGGGAAUCAUACGGAUACAUCGGAUACGAAAGAGCAGCUGAGCGAUGUUUCAUCGCUCCGGCUUGCUCUUAGGUCACGUCGCGAGCCUGCUCAGCAAGGAAAGACUAGGAGCGUACUCG